CUACUUGAGUAAACCCGCAGCCAUUUUAAAGUAUCACUAAUUGCUGACAUACCUAUUUGUAUACCAUAAAGUUGCCGGAUUGAUAACACCGAUGAUAAGAAAAUGUAAACAAAUGGACAGCAUCCUGUGGUCAUCCCGUAUUCGACAAUCGACGGUGGCUGCGACAAUACUCAUCCUGUGGCGGCGGCGGCAGAACUUAAGGAUAUUGAUUUUUAUCGAGGUUGUCCCAUCGUGUUGGAUUUUUUUUUAUAUUAUAUAUAAUAUUUUGCUGUCUUUGGUAAUACGCUAUUGGAAAAAUGACCGAAGAAGCGCAAAGUGAAGAAGUUUUUAAAAAACUAGACGCAUUAAAAGACAUAAGGGAUAAGACGGAAAAAUUGGAAACGCUCAAAAAUAAUAUUUUGAAAGAAAUUGAAUCCAGCGAUCAAGAAGAUAAAUGUCUAUCAGAAUACCGUAAAGAGCUAGAACUUUUAUUACAGGAAAAAAUGGCGCAUGUAGAAGAACUUCGCCAAAUACAUGCUGACAUAAAUGCUAUGGAAGGUGUUAUUAAAAAAGCAGAGGAAUCUAGAAAUCGCUCAAUGGAACGAGCUAAACAAGUUCACGAUGAGUAUAAACCUCUAAAACUUGAUAUAGAUCGUAUGCGCCGCGAUGUUCUUGGCCUCGAACGUUUACCAGAACUUCAUGAAGAAGAAAGUGAUCUCGUCAGGCCUGACCUUUUUGUACAAAAUUAUUUUGACAAGCAAAUGAAACCUGCUGUUUCGACCCCUACUAGCUCUGACUGGCAUAAUGGAGAUAAUGUGCCUUUAAACUUUUCUCAAGCUCACCAGCAUGCCCAAGCAGCUGUAGUUGCAUUUCUUGGAUCUCAAGCAGCCGCUGUUCAGUCUUCUCCGCUACAACAAUUGGCCACUAGUAGCAAAAUGGUAAAUGGGGGAUCCGUAGACACAAGGCCAAUACCACCAAUACCGGGACCACCAACGUUUAGGCAGCAACCUCCACCAAUGAAAUCAUGUUUGUCGUGCCAUCAACAAAUACAUCGCAAUGCUCCAAUUUGUCCCCUUUGCAAAGCCAAAUCUAGGAGUCGUAACCCAAAAAAACCGAAAAAAAAAGAUUAACUAACAAUGUCACAUGAUAUAAAAUCUGAAUUAAAAUUAUUAAUCAGUAUUCAAAGUAUUUAUUAAGUACUAAUUGGUUACUUGAUUUAUUUUACUAGUUUUAAAUAUGUUUUUAGUAUUAAAAAAAAUUAUUUGAAUUAUCAUAUUAUCAAUAACUUUUUACUUAUUAAUUUUCAAGAAAACACCUAAUGAUAGUCUAAUUAAAAUAAAUAAAUAUUACUGAAAAGGAUUGAAAGUGGUGGGGUUGACAAAAAAAGCCUGACAAAAUUACACCUACCUACUUGAGAUGAUCCAAUUUAAAUUCUGUAUAAAUAGAGUUUAUCGGCUUCUUUUCUAAGUUGAUGUGGCAAUUGAUUUUUAAUAUUUCAAUAAAAAUUGUGUAUAAAUCCUAUUUGAAUUUCUCAAAUUUUUAGUAUUCCUAUUAUUUGUUUUUUUAAUUAAACGAAACAACAAUUAUUCAAAACUGGACUUCCACAAUAACCUGGAAAAAAGGUUGAUAAGCUUAAAUACUUUUACAGAACUAAAAUCCUAUUGUUCUAAGUAGACGUAAUUUAGUCAAGCUUUAGGUCUAAAAUUGACUUCUUACAAAAACAAAAUGGCUUUUACUUGUAGAAAAAAUUGUAUAUGUUAAAAGUUAUACCCUGAAGCUUAUAAAAAUGAUUUUGAAAAUGAAUUGCCAUGGUCAAAAUUAAUUAAAACCACUUUUUUCUUAAAUACUGCCUAUAUAAAUCUCCUUAAAAACCAACCCACUUUCAAUCGUCCUUAAAACAAUCUAUUAAAAUAAAAAUAAAAUGUACAAUACCUACUUAAAAAUUAACUACUAGAUAGCAUAAUAAUGUAAACGGUUUAUUAAAUAAUCAUAUUUU